AUGACCACAUUCGGUGUCGUGGGACUCGCUCUUUUGGUGCUGCUUUCAGCGGCAGGGGCAGCAAAGCUACAACAAAAAGAGUACAAUUACUACAAGUAUCACCCCAUGUCAGAGAUAUCUGAGUGGAUGGUCCAGAUUGCAAAGGAUCACCCUGACAUUGUAACAAGGAUAGAGUACGGAAGGACCUACAAGUUCAGGACUAUUACCAUGCUGAAGGUUGGUGUGAAUACUGGAGAGAAGAAGAAAGCUGUCUGGAUGGACUGUGGUAUUCACGCAAGGGAAUGGAUCGCUCCCGCCUUCUGUCAGUACUUUGUCAGACAGAUCCUGCAAACAUACAAGAGUGACCCAAAAAUAGGAGAGAUGAUGAAGAACAUGGACUUUUACAUAACCCCGGUGCUCAACAUGGACGGCUACAUCUAUUCAUGGAGGGACAACUCAACCCGUCUGUGGAGGAAGAACAGGUCUCCAGGGCCUGCAGGCUGCAACUGCUCCGGGACUGACCUCAACCGUAACUUCAAUGCCAAUUGGGGCACGGUGGGGGUGUCAUUUGACUGCUGCAAACAAACCUUCGGCGGCAGAGCUUCUGAGUCUGAGCCUGAGACUCAGGCCGUCACCUACUUUGUAGGAAGCCGAAAGGAGGACUUUCUGUGUUUCCUCACCAUCCACUCCUACGGCCAGCUGCUCCUGGUUCCCUUUGGACAUCCUAACUUCACUGCCCAAAACUACAAGGAGCUGAUGGAUGUCGGUUUGGGUGCAGCGGAGGUCAUCAAGAAGGUCCACGGAAAGACCUACAGAGUAGGAACUUCACCUGACAUAUUAUAUGCCAACUCUGGGUCCUCCAGAGACUGGGCUCGACUACAAGAAAUCCCCUUCUCCUACACCUUUGAGCUAAGAGAUGAGGGACAUUAUGGCUUCGAGCUUCCUGAGGAUCAGAUCCAGCCCACAUGUGAGGAAGCCUACAGCGGAGCUCUGCACAUCAUCACCUACGCACACGACAAAGUCUUUAACAGUGCCGUGGCAUCCACUGGCGCAACACUCUGGACCAUGCUAGUAGUGGUAGGAGUCACCAGUGUUAUGUGA